AUGCGCUUACAAUCAUUACCACGAUUGGGGUGGAAUGCCCUUUGGACAACAGUGUUCUUUACAACGUUGGCACAGGCGAUCGAUGUCAGUAUCAACGAUGACCAAUCCAUCAAAAAUGCCGCCAGCACUGCUGCUUACGGUGCGAUGAGCUACUACCAUGGCAACGAGUCCGGACAGAUUCCUGGUGCGUUUCCGACCAAAUGGUGGGAGGGUAGUGCCUUAUUCAUGGCGAUGCUGCAAUACCAGUACUUUACUGGUGACCAAACCUACAACAGCGAAGUGAGCUUGGGUUUGCAAUGGCAAGCCGGAGAGGGCGACUACAUGCCUUCCAACUACAGUAGCUACUUGGGAAACGACGACCAAAUGUUCUGGGGUCUAGCCGCCAUGCUCGCCGUUGAGCUACAAUUUCCCGAUCGCUCGGAAGGUUACUCCUGGCUUUCCCUCGCACAAGGUGUUUACAACACGCAGGUCGAUCGGUGGGAUACGUCAACAUGCGGAGGAGGCUUGCGCUGGCAGAUAUAUACGUACCAAGCGGGGUAUACGAUGAAGAACGCCAUCUCCAACGGGGGCUUGUUCCAGCUAGCUGCCCGUCUUGCGCGGUACACCAACAACCACACAUAUUACGAAUGGGCCGAGAAAGUAUGGGACUGGAGCUGUUCGUCGCCUCUGCUCAACAACAAGACGUGGACCGUCGCCGAUUCGACCAACAUCGAGGACGGUUGUAAGAGUCAGGGCAAUAACCAAUGGUCCUACAACUACGGGACCUACCUCAUGGGCGCGGCAUACAUGUGGAAUUACACCAACGGAACCAACACGAAGUGGGCAACUGCCGUCGACGGCCUGCUCAACAACACCCUGGACCUAUUCUUCCCCACCAGUUACGGCGGCAACAUCAUGUCCGAGGUCCUCUGCGAGCCGAACGAAGUCUGCAACGACAACGAGAUCCUCUUCAAGGGCCUUGUCACCUCCUGGCUGGCGUUUACCGCUCUUCUGGUUCCCUCCACUUACGACAGAAUUCUCCCCAAGCUUCAGGGUUCAGCCGUGGCGGCCGCCGCAACCUGCACGGGCAACGGCAACAGUUCCUGCGGAGUGCGAUGGUAUACUUCCAAGUGGGAUGGAUGGACGGGCAUGGAGGAGCAAAUCAGCGUCACAGACGUCUUGUCAGUCAACCUCAUCACCACGAAACACACAGGACCAGUGACCUCGACCACAGGUGGGAACAGCGCCAGCGACCCGACUGCAGGAUCGGGAGAUAAAUCGGCACAAACCACCACUACCAGCAAGAUCACCACGGGUGAUAAGGCGGGUGCUAGCAUCUUGACUAUUGGCUUCGCGGUGGGAUGGGUCGGCCUGAUAGCUUUUAUGGUCAUUGGGGGGUCAUGA